UUUCCGGAGAUCUCAGCCAAGUGCGUGUAGAAUUGAAGAUGACAGAAAAUGGUGCCGAAAAUCCCAAAAAGGCCCGACUUGAAGACGACCCUUUCAGAUGGCCUGGGUACACAGGCGAAGCGUACCCAGAACUGUGUGACAUUCGUGCGAUGCCCCCGCAGCCGAAAGAACUAAAGCCCGGACAGCUUAAGGAAGACCUGAUUCGGCAAUAUUUUGAAGAGGGUUACUUGAUAAUAAAGGACUUCUUUACGGAUGACGAGCUCCAGGCUUGUAGGGACGAUCUAGAGGACGAAGUUGAUCAACUAGCAAACAAGCUGUACAAGGCGGGAAAAAUAAAAAAUCUCUACGAGGAAUACGACCUCGAUCAUCGUUUGAUUAAGAUAGAUGAAGAGUUCCCUGGAGCGGUCAUUUUGCUGCACAAAAUCGGCCGUUUACCGCCGUCCUUCAGGAAACUAUGGGGCAACGAGAGACUUUUAAACCUAAUAGAACAGCUGAUUGGUCCAGACAUUGCGGGUAUGCCCAACUGGAAUUUGCGGGAUAAAACACCUCACAACGAGGCCACAACAGUACCAUGGCACCAAGAUGCAGGAUAUCUGUCCAAAGACAUUUACAAAGUCUUCAUGCCUACUGUUUGGAUCCCAUUUGUCAACACAAACAAAAAGAAUGGUUGUAUGGAGGUAAUACCGAAGGGUCAUUUGAGCGGAAAGGUUGCGGUGCACCAGUGCUGUGCAGGGGACACAUGGUAUAUCAUGUUGGAGGAUGAGGAAAUGAAAAAGAGGCUGGGUUGCUCAACAAAAGAUGCGGUUGUGUGUGAAAUUCCCUACGGAGGAUUUCUACUUUUCAAUAAUUUCAUUCCCCACCGAAGUCUUGACAACAAAUCGGACCACAUCCGCUGGAGUGUAGACCUUAGGUUCAAAGUUCCAGGCGAAAAUAACGGGAUGUUUGGGCUCAAACCUGACGUCAUAAUGCGCACGAAAGAGAAACCUAACAUGGAGAUCGACUGGGAAACCUUUGAUUCUCUAAACAGAACGGAACUCCAGAUGAAAUCCGUCAAAGAUAUUGUUGACGUGAAAGAGGACCAAGAAUUCGAUACAACCGUGCAGGGGCCCUGGAUGAGAAAAUGGGAGAUAACUCACAUUAAUACGCAUGUCCAAAAGCACCAACAGAAAGAAAAGUCAAAGAGCUGAAGACUAUACUUACCUAUCUCUCUUAAAAAACUAUGUUUGUGCAAUCAGCCAUAUAUCAUGGCUGACAGGAUCAUUUUAAUUUUUUAUCUAUACUUUCCAUGUACAUGUACAAUUAUUUGUGAUAUUAAGACAUAAAACAGUUUUUGAUUAUUAAUUCUUGUUUAAGUGGGUGAAUAAAAAUAAAGUAUUUUGAUUAUGCG